AACAGUUGUCUGUGGACAUUUGAUCGUAACGGUUGUUUUUCAGAGAGUGGAUCUUACGUUGAAAAAAAAAUUGUCGAAAACGAAUUUGACAUUUGGCGUUAAAUAAAUAUUAAAACAAAAUAAAACCAACGUACUCAACAUCCCAGACUUGUUUUAACAAAAGAAAACCCCUAAGGCAAACCAAGUGUCUUCAAGAAAACAAAUAUUUAUUUUGUCUUUUCAUGGUGUGCAAAAAACAUUACUUUGUUUGAUUUUAAUAAAACAAACGAUUUGUUAUCAUUUAUAGAUUGCUUUUGCCACAACCAGUUGUGUUUAUCUACAAUUUUAACAAAGCCAAGUAUUAGAGCUGUCGCAUUUUGAUUGAUAACGUAUCGCGUCAAAGAGCCGUGUUUAUUGGCAAUUUUUACCGUGUCGAAUAAAAUUUAAAAAAAGAAAAACAAAGAGAAACAUUGAGCUGAGCUAAUUUUUACUUGAAAUAUUCUGUGCCAUUCGACGGGUGUGUGUGUGUAUUUUGAAAAAUAUUGAUUUGUGGCAAAAGUACUUUGCUCAAAAUGCCGGUGAAAUCAUCUAAAACAACACUGUAUAAAUUACUAGUUUUAUUCCUAGUAAUCUCUGCCGUUGAUCUGGGCCUUGCCGGUCCCACAUCGGCAGUUGUGAAAGAUGAUCCGAUUAAAGAGAGUCUGGAAGAACUUAAUGACUUGAACGAAAGUUCCAUUUUGAGGGACUCUUCAUCGAUGUCCUCCCAACCUCCAUACUCGCAUCGUGAUGAAGAUAUGUUACCAAAUCCCAAACUAACCACCGUCUUUGAGAAUUUCAAAUAUGAUGUUGAAAUUUUGGAAUCUGGCGAAGAUAAAAGUUCUGAGGUUUCCGAAAUUGAAGAACGUUAUAGGGGACCUUCGAUUGUCAUUAAUACCGAUGAAUUUAUUAAUGAAAACAUCGAAAUGAAUGAAGCCGAUGAAGAAGAGAGAGCCGAUAAAAAAGCCCUGGCCACAAGUCAUUUAAUAUUGAGCAUCAUUUUGGUUGUACUGGCUUUGGUUUCCAUAGCCCUAUAUACGGCUGUUGUUAUAUGGCGUAAUCAUAUUGAACAACGUUAUGGCAUGCGCGAAUUACUAGUCACCAAUGAUAAUCAAGAUUAUUGGCCUCAACAUAUGACAGAUACAUCAGCAGCCGCUAUUCCACAAUCACAACAACAACCGCAGCAGCAUCCACACUUGCCCCCCUCAUCACCACAACAUCAAAGUGCAUAGAGCAAUCUUAGUAUUACAGCAAAAAAAAAAAAAAAAAAAAAAAAAAAAAAAAAAAAUUUCAUCGUAAUCGCCGUUGGAUAUGAUUUAAGUUGAAUUGAAACACAAAAAUUGAAAUGCAAUUACGUACGUUGUUCAUACGAGUACGAGUAUUUCAUUGCAACCAGUCACAUUUUUUAGACGGAAACAAAAUCAAUCCGAGGGGAAAGUUUUUUAUUUUCAUCACAAAUCGCCAAUUCAACAGAAACAAACAAAAAAUUCCCAAGUAGUUUAGUUCGAUAAUUUAUUCUGAUACGAUAAUUGUUUUGUUUAGUUCGUAGUUCGUCGUCGUAUGUUUAAAUAAGGAAUGCAUUUCAGUCUGCGCCUUCGAUUUGGAAAGGAAAAGUCAGUUCAGAUGUCAUCAUGUAAUGCCUUGCGAGGCCUUAUAUGGCUGAUAUCUGGAUUUUGUUGUUGUAAUGUAGUUAGUAAGCCUGUGAUAUAAUUUAUACAAGAAAAAAAAAAAAAAACAAAACAA